GUUUUCGCUGUCCAUGUCUUCCGACCAGGUGCCCGUCGUCGUAAGCAAGGAGGUUUCGGUCAAGGGCUCGGACAAGAGCAAUCCGCUCUUGCUGGUUAGGUCGAAGAGGCGGAAGAAGGUACACACAUACACACAUAAGUUUGGAGGAGCAGCGGUCGAUAGUGUCGGAUGUGCCCCGAGUUCACACCGUUUGUUGCUAGGAGUCGACGCCUUUGGAGAAGCCACACAAGCGGGUUAGGGUUGACGCGAAGGCCAGGAAGGCGCUCAAGUUGGAGUCUAGGCGGAGGCAGCAGUGGGAGGCGAAGAAGAAGGUUUUGAAGGAGCGAUGCGAGUUGUACGCUUCGCUUCGCAGACACGCGAUCUCCUCAUCGGAGAUUGGGCUGUUGGCGUCGUCUAGUCGGAUGGGCCAGUCUCGUUUGACGAGGAAGCAGUCGCUGAGGGCGCUGAGGCGGGAGGAGAGACUGGGUCUGUCGGUCGAGGGUUCGUCGCUAUACGUGGAUCGCGGAGAAUCAGAGAGUUGCGGUGGGAGUCAAGUUGACGAGGAGAUAAGGGCGUAUUUGGACCAGCAGGAGGCGGCAUGGAAGGACGCGUCUCCUCCGCGCAAGAAGAAGAGAGUGAGCGGUCCGUCUAAGCUCUGCACGAGGACCCUGUUUUCGUACGUGGAGAGCGACGAGGAGUCCGUCUCGGGCGAAGAGGGUCGCAGUGAGAAGUUGAAUGACGAGGAGUUUGUCUCGAGCGAAGAGAGUUGCGGUAAGAGGGCGAACGACGAGUGGGUUUUUCCAGAGGUUCGUCUGCCCGGGUCGCGUGAGAUCAGCACGUCCGAGUCCAUGAGGAAGGCCCUGAAGAGAAGGGGGAAGGCGCCGGACGUCCGAGAAGUAGAGGAGGUUUCGGAAGCGGACGAAAUGGACGAAAUGGACGAAACGGACGAAAUGGACGAAACGAGCGAAACGGACGAAAUGGACGAAACGAGCGAAACGGACGAAAUGAACGAAACGGACGAAGUGAGCGAAACGAACAAAACAGACGAAACGAACGAAGUGAGCGAAACGAACGAAGUGAGCGAAACGAACGAAGUGAGCGAAACGAACGAAGUGAGCGAAACGAACGAAACGAACGAAACGAACGAAACGAACGAAGUGAGCGAAACGAACGAAGUGAGCGAAACGAACAAAGCAGACGAAAUGGACGAAACGAACGAAACGAACGAAACGGACGAAACGAACGAAGUGAGCGAAACAGACGAAACAGACAAAAUGAACAAAAUGAGCGAAACAGACGAAACGAACAAAACGGGCGAAACGAACGACUUGCCAGAGACCGCACAGGAGGAGGAAAAGACAAAAUAUUACGUGGUUGUGAAUCGAGACGAGGAAGUCGAGUUGUUCCGUCGGAAGCUACCGAUUAUUUCCGAGGAGUACGUGAUCAUGGAUGCGAUAAGAUACCACGACUUUGUGAUUAUAUGUGGAGAGACGGGGUGCGGGAAGACGACUCAGGUACCUCAGUUUUUGUAUGAGGCGGGGUAUGGAGAUCCGAACAGCGAGAAUCCCGGAAUGGUGGGUAUAACGCAGCCUAGGAGAAUUGCGGCCGUGUCGAUGGCGAAUCGCGUUGCGUACGAGCUGAACCAGCCGUCGCCGCGGAGAGGGGUUGAUGGCCACGUGGAAUAUCAGAUUCGAUACGACAGCACGGCGAAUUCGCUAACUCGAAUUAAGUUUAUGACGGACGGGAUUUUGCUCCGAGAAAUUCAGUCUGACUUUUUGCUUUCCAAGUACAGCGCGAUAUUGAUUGACGAGGCACACGAAAGGAACAUGAACAGCGACGUCUUGCUGGGCCUCCUUUGCCGAAUAGUGCCGCUGCGCCGAAAACUGUUUGAGGAUCCGUCUGCCUCGGUGAGAGUGACCAGCGUGUUGAAGGUCAUCAUCAUGUCGGCGACACUUAGAGUCGGAGACUUCACGGAGAACAAAAAAAUGUUUCCGGACUCUCCGCCUCCGGUCAUCAGGGUCGAUUCUAGGCAGUACCCGGUGUCCGUUCACUUCAACCGACACACCUCCGUGGAGCAGUAUGUGGAGGACGCGUUUUCGAAGGUAGUGAAGAUUCACACUCGGCUUCCCGCGGGUGGCGUCCUGGUGUUUCUGCCCAGCCGGGAGGAUAUCGACUGCCUUGUCCGCAUGCUGAGAGAACGAUUCGGAUCGGCGGAGGAGCACGGCGAGCCACAUGUGGAGUACGCGGAGCAAGACGCCAAACUCAAACCCUCGGCGCGGGUCGGGCGCGCGGGCGCCGUCCGAGUUCUCCCUCUGUACUCGAUGCUGUCCGACGAGGAGCAGAUGAGGCCAUUCGAGCCCGUUCCCCCGGAUGAGAGGUUGAUCGUCGUGGCGACCAACAUCGCGGAGACGUCCUUGACGAUCCCGAAUGUCACCUACGUCGUCGAUUCUGGACGAGUCAAGAGCAAAGAGUUCGACGAGAAGACCGGCAUGAUUCGGUACCAGGUCAUCUGGAUCAGCAAGGCCUCGGCCGACCAAAGGGCCGGCAGAGCCGGCAGGAACGGUCCCGGUCACUGCUAUCGCCUCUACUCUUCGGCCGUAUUUGACAGGUUCGAAACGUUUGCCAAACCAGACAUGCUCAGGCUGCCCAUCGAGGGCAUCGUCCUACAGAUGAAGAGUAUGGGCAUAGACCGGCUAGACGUCUUUCCUUUUCCCACGCCACCAGACCCGCAUUCUCUCUCCACCGCCCACCAAAAGCUCUCAUUUCUCGGUGCACUUCGGCUAGAAGAGGGCGCAAAGCCGCCUCACCUCGACUACCAAAUCACCCCGAUGGGACGCGCGCUGGCUCGAUUCCCGCUCUUACCCCACUUGGCCAAGAUGCUCGUCUUGGCCGAAGAAGAUGACAGGUCCUGUGACAGGUCCUGUGACAGGUCUUGUGACAGGUCUUGUGACAGGUCUUGUGACAGGUCCUGUCUCGACUAUGUCGUUGCCAUCGUCUCCGCCCUGUCGGUCGGCGGGCCGUUCCUCCACUCCGCGCAAGCUAGCGCCGCUCGCUCCGAGUGGAAGAACCCCACCAGCGAUCUGUUCGUGUGGCUGUCCCUCAUCGGUGCCUACGACUGCUGCCAGAACAAACACGCCCUUUGCCAGCGAUACGCUCUCAAUGCGAAGGCGCUUCGCGAAAUAACCCAGCUGAGGUCUCAGCUCUCCUUCAUCCUGGACACCUACCGUCAGAACGAGGAACCCUCGACCAUCGACUCGUCGCGCACCCGACCAGCGCGCUCGCUCUCCUCGCCCCCCUCCAAACAGCAGAAACUCCGCAUCCGUCAGAUAAUCAUGUCCGGAUUCCUGCAUCAAAUAGCCAAGAGAGUGCCCAAGGUUGACGAACAAGGCGUAGCCGUCAAAAACCAAUGGCACUAUCUCACCUGCUCCGGACUCCUCACCUGCUCCAUCCACCCCAGCUCCUUCCUAAAACAAGCCCCCCCCGAAUACGUGGCCUACUCAGAACUCAUUGAAACCAGCUUCCGUUACAUCUGCGGCGUCACCGCCGUAGACAUCAAGUGGGCCUGCGACCUGGCCCCCUGGCUCUGCAAGCACAUGGACCAGUUCUUAGCUUACCCCCCGCCCAGAUACUGCCAAACGCGCGACGCCAUAGUCGGUACCGUCCAGCCAGCCUACGUGCACGACGACUGGCGUAUCCCUAAAACGACCGCACCUCUCACAGAUCGCGCGCAAAUAUACAGGCACUUUUCAAAAUGCUUCUUGGAAGGCGCCGUCUUCUCCGAAAUGAAACCAUUCGCCCCCUACCUAACUCUAGACCCCCACCUACUACUCGACGAGCGCCUCCGCAACGAGAAAGUCUGCGCGCUCGUCCAACCCCUCCUGUACCACCGCAUCUCAUCAAAGGCGCAAAUGACUCGCCAAUGGGCAAAGGACCCCACGUUCUAUCUGGAACCCGUACUCGCCUGCAUCUCCAGCAACCACCGCGACUCCCUAAAAUGCAUCUGGCCACUUUCCAAAUAGAGCACACUUUAUUUUGAAGCUUUCGAAGCAAACAACCUUUCUAACCCCUCAACGUCGAGGUCAUGAAGACGCGCCUCUACCUCCCCACUCUCCCUGGCACUCCUCAACGCCGACACCACCUUCUCGCGAUCCCCCGCCUGUAUGUAUGCGUAACACAAGUCCAAGCGCCCCUUCUCAAAACGAACGACUAUCUUCUCCAUCAAACCCACCACGGACGACCAAUCUCCUAUCCUCACCGCCAACAUGACCCCCUCCCACGCAACGCCCUCGUCGUCCGAGUUCUCAAACACGCACCGCUUCAUCGCCUUCAUCGCCAACCCCUCCUUCUUCAAAACCAUCAAAUACUUCACCUUGUACUCCACCGCGUACCAAACGUGUCCGCACCGAAUGAUCGCGCGGUCCAACGUCCUCACCGCCUCGGUGUAUCGGCCGUGAAACGCCUGCCACUGCGCCUUCAACGUAAACGCGUCGAUCGCGUACGGAUCCCUCGCUAUCGUCAUGUCGCAUAGCCGAGGCACCUCCUCGUCCUCCCUCCUUCCCAACUCAAACAAUAUCCGCGCCUUCAAAACCAACGAGUCCGCUUCUGAUGGCGGCGCCAACCGAAUCGCCUUGUUCACCGAACUCAACGCCCUCUCGUACCUCCCAACCAAAAGAUUGUGAUCCGCCAACUCGUAAUAUGUCGAAAAACUCGGCAAAAUCAAAGCGGCCGUCUCCGCCGCCUCCAACGCCUUCUCCUUCUUGCUCAAAUUCAUGUACGCAUCACUCAUAAAACAACAAACCUGCACCAACUCCUUCUUCAACUGAUCCUGGUCAACCCCCUCUCUCAUGCACCUCCCCCUCAUGCAAUUCUCCACAUCCCCCUCGUAGCUCUUCAACACCUCCCUGCACCUCCUCACAACGGCGUGAAAACGACCCGCAACCAACCUCUCCGAAAUAGACACCAAGUCUAUGUACCUAGGGUACCACCCCUCCACCUCUUCAACCCUUCCCCCCUCACUCUCCACCUCAAUCCUCGUCGUCAGACGCCUGUCAGCCCUCCAACCGGUGAAUCUCCUCUUCCACGUCGCGCCAGCUCCUCCACGGAGCCACCCUCCCCUCGCUUCUCGAAAAAAAAAAAAACUGUCAGCCGCCAACAGUGCGCGUGCGACCGUCUCCCUGCACCCCGUGUACGCACCACACCACAGCAACAUCGGCAACUAGCCCUCUCUGCGUGUCACUCAAAGGAAAAAUGCCCCGAAACGCCUCCAA